AUGCCGUCCCCGUCCUCGUCCUCGUCCUCGUCGAGGAUGCACCCCUCGGAGGGCAUCCGCAGGCCCGCGCGACUCUCUAGCUCUCACUCCUCUUCCUCUGCUUCGCAUGACCGUCAAACCAUCGGCCCAUCGCCGCGUGGCGACCGCGUGAUUGGUGCACAGACCCCACGAUCUGUCGAGUUUACGGAGGCGCCACGCGCGGAGAUGGGGGAGAAAGAUAUAGACAGCAGCAGCUUCGCUAGCUCCAGUGGCAGCCAGCUGCGUCGCCCGUGCGAUGGUAAUAGCGGCGAUGCCCAUCGCUGCGCAGUGUCGGAGUCGCCGAACCGUAGCCGUUGCUUCGAGAUGCUUGAACACGUGCCAGAGAACGACGACCCCCACAGGACGGAGACGAGCGUGGCGCACGGCACUGUAACGUGGAAUAUGUCUCCCAUGCUGCCGCCGCGAUCAGGUGCGCGGGUAGGCGAGACAGCGUGUUGUGAUACCCGCUCCACUUGCUCGAGCCCCGCCUCUGCUGCCUGCGUGAUCACUGGUGGCACCGGUGGUUCUUCACGGCCAUCUUCCUCUUGUCCCUCGCGUGGUGCGAGCUCGUCGCUGACGACGCCGAAGCGGGUGGACGGCGCUUUUGUGGGCGCUCACAGCUCUGCUGCGCAGCCGCCAGAUUCGGGGGCGCCCCUCUCGAGCGAUUCACUUGCGGCCUUGUCCACAGAGCAGAUGGAAGCGGCACUCCAGUUGUACGUGGAGAAGGGUGGUGUUUACACGAGUGAGGUGACUUCAGCGCUCCAGGCACUGCCGUGGUGUGCCACGACCUUGGCGCACGCUUCGUCGGUCUCCAGCGUCGCUGAUGCGUCCGCAGCGGACACGGACACGGAGGUGGAGCAACAUUUGAUCGAUCCGGAGGUCUGGCUCGGCGCUGUGGCUGCAGCGACUGCCUCCGCAGUAGCAGUAGCCGAGAACGACGGGCAAGCAAGUGUGGCGGCGGCGCCUGCUGCCACGCGAAUCGCUUCAGCGGGAGCCCUAGAAAAGACGCAAGGGCGACACAGCACGUUCGAAGAGGGCUCGGCGAUGAUGAUGCAGCCUUCAAAUCUCGCCGACCCGUCUGCCCCUGUUCCCGUUGAACGAACGACGGAGAAGCGGCGCAGCUUGGGCGACUCUUCGAGUGAGCUUGCCGCUGCUGACAGUGCCUUUGCUGACCAUGGAGCAGGCCGUGGCUCAGAGCGAAGCUCAGGCGUCGUCUCUAAGGUGGACAGUCGCUCCCAUCGCCGCGGCGAUGAUACCGAUGACGGCACGUCGAGGGUAAACAGUGCCAACGGUCAUCAUGUAUCUACUGAUCGAAAGCUGGCUUACAGUGACGCCGCCAACGACUCUACAGAGCGCGUCGCACGUGGGGAGCGCUCCCCCUCUCUGCCACAGCUGACGCCACGCCACCGAUUAGACUCUGCGCCGCACACGCAGGAGCAGCGACAGCCCGUGUCCAGUUUUAUGAGCAACACCCGGGCACUACGAAACUCGCCUUUAUACUCUUCCGUGUCACCGAUGCAGCGCUCUGUGGUUGACCGACGACGGUCUCCUGCAGCCGCGGCAGCGUCCUCGCCGGCGCUUGUCGCGAAAGACGCGACGGAGACCACCGCCUCCCCGGCUGCGUCAACGUUCGGUGCAGCCUUUGCGGGGACCGCAGGCAUGCACGUCCUUUUCCAGCUGUGCCUGCGGACACCCCUGGCGACGGCCUCCGCGACGCUGAGGGUUAGCGACUGGUAUGCACUCCUAGCCCAGCUGCGGCACGAUGGGCGCCACAAGCUGCCACCGCAGCCAAUCCUCGACGACGUCGCCCGCACCAUCGCGCACGCAGUGCAGUCUGAAGGGCAUUCAGGCGGGCUGACUUUGAGCGGUUUCACCCGCGUUGUACAGCGCCAGCUGAAGGAGGUGAGGCUCGACAUGACAUCGCCGCUUCCUCAAAAUGUCCCCGCCGGCAGCGGGACGGCGUCGCAGCAGGAGGUGGCGUUGCACUUCCCGCAACACCCCAGGUAUACGGUCACUGUGCCGACUUCUGCAGCAGUAUCAUCUCCGUCGCCCUCGCUUCCAUCGAGACGCAGCAGCCGGUGGAACUCACAGACGAAGCUGACACCGGUGACUAAUAGCGGCCAGUGGCGUGUGCUGCCGACGUGGUGCAUGGCGCUUGCCGGCCUCUUCCCGCUGGAGAUGUCGAAGGUGUGCCCUGUGCCCGUGGUGCGCUACCUGCGCAGCGUCGGGCUGAUUCGCGCGGUGCUCGAGGCGAUCAUGCAGCGCCUGGAGAUCGAGGUGGAGGCAAUCCCUGGAUGCGUGGCACCUACAUCGAGCGCAGCCAGCAAGGAAGCACAGAAUCCGUCCGAAGGCGCAGCGCUGGAAAGCUUUGUGUUGUCGCCGUCACGGGAGGGGUCUGGGGGGAGCAGAUCGGUGAGCAACCUGCUCGCUCGGAGCAGCGCCUCUGCCGGUGCCCGUCCCGCGAGCUCGACCGUCGUCACUGAGAAGGCUGUUGGCGGCAGUGGCGACAGAAACGGGACAUGGAAUGAGCGGCCGAUUUGGGGCUCUACGACGGCGGGCAAUCACCGCAGGAGGGUGCAGUGCCGUAAAAGGGGCGCUGCCACGAACGUGGUGGCAACCCCGGAGAGGGCAGGAGGCGACGGUGCGCUCGUCGCCUCAAACCCGCAGGGGGUGAGCAGCGGUAGCAGCCGUCCAAAGGCGGACACCACUGCCUCCACCGGUCGUGAUACUGUCAGGUCGCACUACCUCGAUCAGCGUCCCCUCGAUGAGAUCACCAUCUCCGUCGUGGCGCGGGCCAAGGCGCGCCGUCUCAUGGACACGCUCCGGCGCCACACUGUCCCCAUCAACCGCUACGAGUGCUUCGCGCGUGUGGAGCAGGAGGAUGAGCCAGUGCAGCAGGCGCUGUGCUUUGUGUCUCGGGAGGAGCUGAAGGCAACCUUCAGCAGCGACGGCGACGAGGACAGCGAUGCAGACUCGGACGCGAUGCCCGACAUGAUUGCCGCGCUCACGUACCACCCAGAGGCGGAGACGGCGGCGAGCCUAGGUGGGACGGACGCGAAGGGCGGCGGUGGCGUAGACGUGGACCAGACACGCUCGUCUCUGCCGCCACCACCGCUGUCGCACACGUCUGCCCUCAACGUGCUGCCCACUGUCAUGGAUGCCGCGCGGGCUUCAAUGCACGUGAGCGGGCGGGCCUCGUCCGCCUCCGCAUCCCGCAUGGCUUCCGCUGGCAGCGCCGUGAGGCCACCGCCGCCUGUGCCUUGUAUGUUCCGCAUGAGCGGCGUGCUCCCCACCUCGCUUGCCCGAAAAGAGGAGGAGGCUCUGGUGCGCCGACUCAGCAAGCCCGUCUGCGACCCUGCCGCGAUGAGUCUGCGCGUGGCCUCUACAGAAAAUGGCUACACGUCCUGUCACGCUGCGGACACCACAACCGCCAUCGGCACAUCCGACUCAGCGUGUGCCAACACAAAGGCUAUUGAAGACCGCCCGACCCGUUUAGCGCCAUCACGACCUCCCUCUGGGUCGGCCGCCCAGCGCCACUACCGGUCCCACCUGCAUCCGACGGAUCGAGAGUCGUCCAACGACACAGUCUCGCGCAGUGUCCCAGCUUCGCCGUCGCGGAGUGGCUUCCGUCGGCGGCGCAGCCGCCCAUCCUCAUCGCAGAUAGAUCAAUGUUAUGCCUCCGUGUGCCCCGGUCGCCAGCAUCAGACGUCCCCGUCGUUGGCGUCCGACACGGGCAGCGGCGGCGCCUGCACGUCGCAGCCGACAGAGAGGCGAAACCGCAGUUCCCCGUUCUUCGAAGUUCCUUACGUGCUUGCGGCGGCACCGCUGUCGUCAUCAGCCGCGGCUGCUGCUGCUGUGCAAGUGAUCGGGAGCGGCGCGCGAUCCGCAUCAUCAUCGGGUGCGGCAAUCCCGCCGCAGCCGCCGGCCCCGCGUCGACAGGCAGGCUGCCAUGUCGCAUCACGAGGUGCUCCUCGUGGCCCCUCGAGGGCGGGCUCCGCAGCGCCGCUUCGUGCCAAGGCGAAGGACAAGUCUGCAGAAGGCCGACGAGCUGGGAGCACCCCGAACAACGCUGUUCUCAACCUGGCGCGGCGCGGCUCGCGCUCUAGAAGGUCGACCUCCCGACGCUCGAGUGACGCCCCACCGCGCGGCCGAAGUGCCGCUGAUGCACACCCACCUGCUGCUCCCUCGCAGCCGCACCUCUCGCUCUACGAGCGACGCCUUUGUCGACAGCUUCAGCGCGCCUACUCUAACGAGCACGUCUACUACCACACAAACUGA